GCUGCCCCAUUCAAUAUGGCUGACUCGUUGACGAAUCGGGCGGCACUGAAAAACUGGGCUCGGUCGUGCCUGUAUGUCUAUCGUCAGUCCGUCCAGUGGGAGACAAAGCUAACUGCUAGCAUCCCGGCGCUGCAAGCUGAGUUUGUGGCUGUACCCAUAAACAUGGUUCAACUUGUGGGUUCCCUCCGAAAGGAGUUGGCUGACUCCCUCUCUACCUCCAAGGUGUUGGUGGUGGGAGCAGGAGGCAUCGGCUGUGAGCUGCUCAAGAACCUCGUCCUCACUGGCUUCAAAAACAUCGAAGUGAUUGACUUGGACACAAUUGAUGUCAGCAAUUUGAAUCGCCAGUUCCUCUUUCAGAAGAAGCAUGUUGGCAAGUCUAAAGCACAGGUCGCCAAAGAGAGUGCCUUACAGUUUUGCCCCUCUGCAAAAAUCACUGCCUACCACGACAGCAUCAUGAAUCCUGACUACAAUGUGGAGUUCUUUAAAAGCUUUAUCCUGGUGAUGAAUGCUCUGGAUAACCGAGCCGCUCGUAACCAUGUGAACAGGAUGUGUUUGGCAGCCGACAUCCCACUCAUUGAGAGUGGCACGGCAGGAUACCUCGGACAGGUUACUGUAAUCAAAAAGGGAAUGACAGAGUGCUAUGAGUGCCAACCGAAACCUGCCCAAAAGACCUUCCCAGGGUGCACUAUAAGGAACACGCCAUCUGAACCCAUUCACUGCAUUGUCUGGGCUAAAUAUCUCUUCAACCAGCUAUUUGGAGAGGAGGAUGCAGAUCAAGAUGUGUCACCUGACACAGCCGAUCCAGAGGCUUCGUGGAACCCAGAAGAAACAGCAGCUCGUGCCACAGCCGCAGAAAUGGAUGGAGACGUCAAGCGCGUCUCUACCAAGCAGUGGGCCCGCAGCAACAAAUAUGAUGCCAUCAAACUCUUCAACAAGCUUUUCAAAGAUGACAUAAUGUACCUGUUAACUAUGGACAAGCUGUGGAAGAAGAGGAAAGCGCCGACACCACUGGACUGGCAGCAGCUGGAGAACACUGGAUGCUCCCCGGAGGAGUCCUCAGGUUCAGGUUUAAAGGACCAGCAGGUCCUUGGUGUCUGGGGCUACUGUAAACUAUUCCAGGAAAGUGUGGAGACCCUCCACUCUCUGUUAGAUGAGAAAGGCGAUGGCGCGGAGCUAGUCUGGGAUAAGGAUGAUCCUCCUUCCAUGGACUUUGUUACCGCAGCAGCCAACCUACGAAUGUACAUCUUCAGCAUGAACAUGAAGAGUCGCUUUGAUGUCAAGUCCAUGGCAGGUAACAUAAUCCCAGCUAUUGCAACAACAAAUGCUGUCAUCGCUGGACUAAUUGUGCUAGAGGGACUCAAGAUUCUUGCCGGAGAACUGGAAUCCUGCCGCACGAUCUUCCUGAACAAGUGUCCAAACCUCAGGAAGAAGUUGCUCGUUCCAUGUAUCCUGGACCCACCUGUGGCAAACUGUUAUGUGUGUGCCAGCAAGCCUGAAGUCAGUGUCAAAGUCAAUGUCCACAAAACGACGGUUCUUUCCCUGCAGGACAAGAUUCUGAAGGAGCGGUUCGGCAUGGUUGCUCCAGAUGUUCAGAUAGAAGAUGGAAAAGGGACUAUUCUCAUCUCCUCAGAGGAAGGCGAGACCGAAGCCAACAACAACAAGUUUUUGUCUGACUUUGGGAUCCGUAAUGGCAGUCGACUACAAGCUGACGAUUUCCUCCAAGACUACACACUCCUCAUUAAUGUCUUGCACACUGAAGAACUAGAGCGGGAUGUUGAGUUUGAAGUGGUUGGUGAAGCUCCAGACAAAGCCCCUCCGCCCCAAAACAACCAGGGAGAGGGAUACGGUAUCACCAACGGCAAUAAGGACUCUGCCCAGCCAUCUACCUCCUCUAAAGUCCCAGCAGACGAUGAUGAUGUUAUGGUUGUGGACUCUGAUGCUGAUGCUGAGGCAUCAUCCAGCUCUGCAGCAGUCACAAGCACCACCAAGAGGAAGCAUUCAGACGCAGAAACUGGCGAGUCUUCCACCAAGCGCCCACGGACAGAUCAGUCAAGUGCAGAAGCUACCGCUGAAGACAGUGAUGAUGACAUAAUCGCUUUGGACUAAACUCUCCUCUGGUUUCCUCGAGGAUCACGAACUAUUGCAAUUUUGUUUCAAGACAGACGGUAGACUUAACACACCUUUUAUGAAGAACAAGACAGUUUCUGGUUUUUGUUCCCGCCUCCAGGCAGUUUUCAUACUCACACUGCUCUUGUCAGAUGAUUCUGUAAAUAUAGUCAACGUUAUAAAAUAUUCAGCUUUUUGUUCUUGUUAAUUGGUAGUAACUAUAAAAUGAAUCUGUUUAUGGUAUAACUUUUUUCCUUUUGUAUUUCUGAAGACUUCUACUCUAUUACUCAUGCUACUUAAGUCAGGGGUUUUGUGCGUUGUCAAUAUACAAAUGAAUUACUGUUUGAACCAAAACUUUUUUCUUGUUAUGUAAUAUUUAAAUGAUAGGAUGGGGAAAAAAUAGACUGGCGGCUACUUGGUGGUGUUUGCCGCUGACGCUUAAAGACCAGCUUCAAAUCUGACCUCCGUUGGGAUGGCACAGGGGCACCUGGGCAGUCGGUGCCAUUAGGCGAUUGUGUGCUACCUCUUCUGUACAUCUAAUGUGUUAGUCUGCAGUGAUAGUGAUACCAUCUGCAAUGUCGGCAGUUCUUUGGUAUUGUGAUGUAACGAUUGUGAAACAUUACCAGCAGUGUAUUAUUUAAAGUUCGACCAGGGGCCUUAGUUACAUCUCCCGAUGAGACAUGGGGUCGGGUUGCAUUUAGAUAAAUGUCAAAUUUCUUUCACAGGUUGAAAAUUGAACUCAUUGAAAUAAAGUUACACAUUUCUCUGACACACUGCAGAUGAGCUGUCUGCCCGGCUGUGUGCCCCAAUGACCUGACCUAUAUAUUAUCGACAAUUUCAUACUUUGUUGUUAUCACAUUUGUUGACAGACCUUGAAAGCCUUUUUGGACCAAUAAACUCGGACAAGACAAAUUUAAAA